CUCUGGCUGACUCCGGAAAACUGAUUUCAAGGAAUUGAAAUCCGGUUUGACUUUUUUCCUCUCUCUGUUCAAGACGACGCUUCUUUUUCGCCCGCAUUUCCUGACGCCUUGUCGCGGACCGCAGCCAUGUCGAUGGUCAACGCUUCCAGAGGGAACAAUCCCAGCCGAAAUCAACCCCGAAGCACCACGCCGUUCAACAAUGCCGGCCCUGCUAUUGCGACUUCCGGCAUCCCUCGCCCUGUUCUAGACCAGCAGCAGCCAAACGAGUCCAGCUCUGCCAGUCUCAGCGCGAGCAGACAGAAACAAUCUAAGCGCGAUGAGGCGAUCCGCAGGAAGCUGGAGAGCGACCUCUCCAAGAAGAAGACUCUCACGGGCCGGUCACGACAGAUUCGCAGAGCCCCUCCUGGAACUGUGCUUGCCCUCAAGCCCAGCCAGGCCCUCCAGAUCAAGCCUGCCACCACCGUCUCCGAGGCUGCUCAGCUGAUGGCUGCGAAGAGGGAGGACUGCGUGCUGGUCACCGACGAUGAGGACCGGAUUGCUGGUAUCUUUACGGCCAAGGAUCUUGCGUUUCGUGUGGUCGGAGCUGGGCUCAAGGCUGCCAACGUCACGAUUGCUGAAAUCAUGACCAAGAACCCCCUCUGUGCCAGGACCGACACGAGCGCGACGGAUGCGUUGGACCUGAUGGUUCGCAAGGGUUUCCGCCACCUGCCCGUCAUGGACGAGAACCAGGAUAUCUCGGGUGUGCUGGAUAUCACAAAGUGCUUCUAUGACGCCAUGGAGAAGCUGGAGCGCGCAUACUCUUCCUCGAGGAAACUGUAUGACGCCCUCGAGGGAGUGCAGUCCGAGUUGGGCGCCAGCCAGCCGCAGCAGAUUAUCCAGUAUGUGGAGGCUCUUCGAUCCAAGAUGUCUGGGCCCACACUCGAAUCUGUGUUGAACGGCAUCCCGCCGACCACGGUGAGCGUCCGGACCUCGGUCAAAGAGGCUGCGGCCAUGAUGAAGGAAAACCACACCACUGCGGUGCUCGUGCAGGACCAGGGUGCCAUUACGGGCAUUUUUACUAGCAAGGACGUCGUUCUUCGUGUCAUUGCUCCAGGGCUCGACCCGGCCAAUUGCAGCGUCGUGCGUGUCAUGACCCCUCACCCCGAUUUUGCCCCAAUGGAUAUGACCAUUCAGGCUGCCUUACGAAAGAUGCAUGAUGGCCAUUAUCUCAACCUUCCCGUCAUGAACGAUGGCGGCGAGAUCGUGGGAAUGGUGGAUGUGCUCAAGCUGACUUAUGCUACGCUGGAGCAAAUUAACACCAUGUCGAGUGACAAUGGUGAAGGCCCGGCGUGGAACAAGUUUUGGCUCUCCAUCGACCACGAGACGGAGUCGAUGGUAUCUGGCGACGGCAGCCAUAGCCACCACCACGCUCACCACGGGUCUCGCAUGAUGUCGCCCGAGGCGAACCGCCUUGGAGACAGCGUCGCUCCCAACGACUCUGCGUCGCACAUCGGACUGGACUCGCCUCCUCAUUCCAUCGCCCCGGAGGUUACGACUGGCGAUGUUCCGUUUGCCUUCAAAUUCAAGGCACCUUCGGGACGUGUUCACCGGCUGCAAGUGGUUGCAUCGCAAGGCAUAGAGGCGUUUGUGCAUGCCGUUGCAGCCAAGCUAGGAAAUGAGAUUGAGAGCAUCGGAGGCAUGCCGGAUGUCUUGGAGGGCAGAAUCGACGGUGCUGGGUUUGCUCUCAGCUACAUGGAUAACGAAGGUGACACCGUGUCCAUCACCACCGAUAACGAUCUCCUGGAGGCCAUCCUCCUCGCCCGCCAGGCGCAUCUCGAGAAGGUCGAUCUCUUUGUGCAUGACUCAGAGAAGCCGCCCUCAGCGCCCUCGUUGGACACGAUCCCAACCCCAGUUUCGUCAUCCACCGGCCUUCGUGAACGACGAAGGGCCUACGAAGAGGAAGAGUCAGAGAGCGAGGAAGAAGAAUCCGAGGAGGAGGAGGAGCGGCCCACGCGCCGGUCACGGAGGACAAGGACUAUUGUCCACCAGGAGCAGAUUAUUGCUGGCGUACCCAACGACCUGUUGCUGCCCGGAGCCAUUGUUACCCUUGCGGUGGUUAUAAUCGGUGUGUUUACUAUUGCCAGAGCGACUAGCCGGUAAAAGAGAGCAGUGCGUCCCCUUUGUGGGAUUUUUUUCCAUAAUGACCUUACGAAGAAAAAGUUGGUUGGCAUUGGUAACUGUAGAUUUCUCAAGCACAGACAAGUCGUCAUAGAUUUAGGGCUUUUUACUUUGUCUUCUGUUGUAUCAAAUCUCAAUUUGUUUUCUCGC